AUGUCGCGCAACCUCGCCCCGUGCCCUCACCGCACGGAGCAGGCGUUUCUGUUGGCGCUGGGCUUCUCAUCGGAGCUGAAGGAGCCGUACGGCACGCCCAGGGCGCGCAGGUGGCAGGGGAUGUCAGUGGCGCAGCAGAGGCAGAUGGCGGAGCGCGUGGAGGGGGAGAGCCGGGCAGUGAGCGUGAGGGACCUGAGCGCUGUGGAGGAGGCCUCGCUGCUGCUGCAGCGCGCACAAGGCGACAAGGGCUACCGCAAUGACAGCCACAUCGCAGCAGCCAUGGACAACCGGGGGUCGCCAGCGGACAUGGCAGGGCUGCUGUGCAAGCUCACCACGGCGCGCCUGCUGCCAUGGCCGCGUGCCACUGCACUGUGCCUGCACACCAUGGCCAUGCAGGUGUAUGGGCAGCGGCGCCUGCCCUACUACUUGCCCCCCGCCUUGACAGUGCUGCACAAGACAGGGAGCAUACUCGGCACUGUGAACGCAGCAGGGAUCAUCCCAUUGCCGCGCCCACCGCCCGCCCUGCACUCCCAGCACAUGCGCCGCCAUCUCACCCGCCUGCCCUUGCUGCCCGCCGUGCAAGCCUCUCCUCGCCCCUCCUCUCCUGUGACCACACUGUUCUCCCUGCCACGGUCCUCCGCACACCUGCCGGGAUAUGAGCACGCGGAGCGAGGGGUGGGUGCGGAGUCACUGCAAGUGAGUGAGGGGGGGGCAGUGGUGGUGGCAGCGUUUGUGGACAAGGUGUGGCGGCAGCAUGAGAGGGAGGCAGAGUAUGUGAUUGCACGGGCUAGUAAGCUCGCAUAUGACACAUGGGGAGAAAGGCGACGGCUACGCCGCAUGCUGAGCGCAAGGGAGAGGAGGCGAUGGAUGGCUGACCUGGGGACUUUCAAGUGUAGGGUCCCUUCCCUUGUCCCACUUGGAGGAUGGCCCUCUGGCCACAUGGGGACCCUCGGUCCCCUUCCCCCCUUGGGGACGGUUCUCGGGCCACACGGGGACCCUUGGUCCCCGUCCCCUCCGGGGGACGGUUCUCGGGCCACAGGGGGACCCUUGAUCCCCUUCCCCUCCUGGGAGAUGGCUCUCAGGCCACACGGGGACCGUCAGUCCCCUCCCCCCCUGGGGACAGCUCCUAGGCCACAUGGGGACCCUCGGUCCCCUUCCCCACCUGGGGGACGGUUCUCAUGCCACACGGGGACUUUCGGUCCCCUUCCCCCCCUGGGGGACGGCUCUCAGGCCACACGCCCUUCCCCCCCUGGGGGACGGCUCUCAGGCCACACGCCUUCCCCCCCUGGGGGACGGCUCUCAGGCCACACGCCCUUCCCCCCCUGGGGGACGGCUCUCAGGCCACACGCCCUUCCCCCCCUGGGGGACGGCUCUCAGGCCACACGCCCUUCCCCCCCUGGGGGACGGCUCUCAGGCCACACGCCCUUUCCCCCCUGGGGGACGGCUCUCAGGCCACACGCCCUCCCCCCCCUGGGGGACGGCUCUCAGGCCACACGCCCUUCCCCCCCUGGGGGACGGCUCUCAGGCCCCACGCCCUUCCCCCCCCUGGGGGACGGCUCUCAGGCCAACGUCGAGACUCUCGGUUCCCCUUUUUCAGUGGGAGACGUCAUUUGGUGCGCGCGUAGUUGA